GGCUGCGUCUGCGCCAAAGAAGCAACCUGCUCCUGCGGCAAGCAACCCGCUCUCCACUGCACCUGCGAAAAAGCCGCUACCGAGAACAAGGUCGAGGGUGCGCGUUGCUCGUGCAACCAGCGUGCUGCUGGUGCUUGCACAUGCUCGCGUUCCUCUGCAGAGAAUGCUAAGCCCAGUGGUUCUACCUGCGCUUGUGGCAAGAGAUCAAAGGACUCCUGCUCUUGCAAUGGCACUGAGGCUGGUGCUGGCGAUUACCCCACGAGACCGACUUCACCACCAAGGCUUAGACGGCUAGCU